UGUCUUUCACCAGGUCCAACAUUUCCAUGGCAUUUCCUAUGUUUCUUCACCAGGUGUUGGUGGCUAUUCUUAUCUAUUGGAGCCACUCUGGUGGGUGGGGAUGAUUACGAAAUCUGUUUCUUUGUGGUUUAUUCUUUAGUGAUUGUUGGAGAGAUUGCAAAUUUUGUUGCCUAUGCAUUUGCCCCAACAGUUCUAGUUACCCCUCUUGGCGCAUUGAGCAUUAUCGUGAGUGCUGUUUUGGCUCAGAUUAUCCUGAAAGAGAAGCUACACUCGAUUGGGGUUUUGGGAUGUAUAAUGUGCAUUGCCGGUUCCAUCAUUAUCGUGAUUCAUGCUCCUAAGGAGCAACCUAUCAAAUCUGAUCUGGAAAUAUGGAGUAUGGCAACUCAACUAGAUUUGGUUCCAUGGUUUCUUUACUUUGAUAUAUUUAAACACAAAAUGCAGCUGGAGAACAUGAUUUUUUUCCUGGCUGAACUUGGUCUUAUGCACUGUCAAAUUGUUCUGCACUGCCCCUCAUUGAUAGCUGCAGCAAUUGCGCUUGCCGCACUUUAUGCACUCAAUCAGAAUCCAUUCUGCAGUGUGUACAGAGCGCAAUUUCCAAAUAGCAAAAUUGUUGCAUUGAAGAAACUUUACUAAAGGGAGUCACAAAAUCCAUCGUUUGACAAGAGCUUCCGCAAUGAAGUAAAGAUGUUAUCACAAAUCAUUCAUAGAAAUAUUGUUAAGCUUCAUGGUUUUUGUCUCCACAAUUGGUGCAUGUUUUUGGUAUCCAAAUACAUGGAAAGAUGAAGCUUAUUUUAUGCCUUGAGGAUGGAUGAUGAAGAAGCUAAGGAGCUAAGUUGGAGCAAGAGGAUGAAUAUCAUUAGCGGAACAGCUAAUGCAUUGUCUUACAUGCGUCAUGAUUGUUUUCCGUCAAUAGUUCACAGAGAUGAAACAAGCAAUAACAUUAGCAACAACAUUUUGUUGAACUCAGAGUUGCAUGUUGUUAUCUCAUACUUUGGAAUUGCUAGACUUCUUGAUCUUGAAUUCUUAGAUUCUUCAAAUUAGACAUUACAAGUUGGAACAUAUGGGUACCUUGCACCAGAGUUGGCUUAUACAAUGGCUCUAACAGAAAACUGUAACGUCUAUAGUUUUAGAGUGGUGGUAUUGGAAACUUUAGUGGGAAGGCACCCAAGAGAGCUAAUCUCGUCUUCGUUAGAUGACUCUUCUAACAAAACAUAAUGGUAAAAGAUCUCUUGGAUCCACGUAUCCGUUUACCAUUAAGUCAAAAGAAACUCAAGCUAUAGUUCAUGUAGUAACAAUGGCAUUAACAUGCUUGCGUUCUAAUCCAAAGUCAAGACCAUCAAUGCUGCAAGUGGGCACGAGUUUUUUACUUCUAAACAGUCACUGUCGUUGCUUUUCGCUUAGAUUAUAUUUCAUCAAUUGAUAGCACAAUUUCUGAGAAGAUAGCAAUAGUGAAAAUAAUUGCUGAUUAGAAGAUGAAUAAGGUAAGAAAUUGUUAUUAUUGAAAUAAUAUUUUUUUUUUCUAUUUAGAACUUUAAUGCUUUGCUAAUUACGAUGAACAUAUAAUCAUUAAUUC